UACCUGGAGUCUCUCUCCAGAUCGGUCUCACUCUCGAUAUGCUGCUACCAGAAAUGGUCAAGAUAACAAUCAAAGGGAAGGAUUAAUGACAUACAAACACUUUACCCAAGCUCUCGAGGAUGAUGUUUCACCAGCUCAAGCUGCCGGCAGGUACCGAGAAUACAGGACAGAAUACAUCACAACUCAGAAACGUGCUUAUUUUGAUCUCAAUAAGAAUGAAGAUUGGUUGAAAGACAUGUACCACCCAACAAACUUAUUAUCUGUUAUCGAAAGGAGGAAUGAUUUUUGCAAGACUGUAGCGAAGAAUUUGAUUCUUGAUUUGCGGACUGGAACUUUGGACCUUGGUCCUGGAGUGAUUGCUGGUGCAGCAAGUCAAUCAGGAAAUGGCAACGAUGGAAGCUUUGAGGAUGAUGCGGACUAUGGUGAAAAGAAACGAAUGCAUGGAAGAGGUCCCCGGAAAGAGAUUGAACCGUUUUCAACUGCCCCUAAAGCUCAUCCGGUCAGUUCACAGUAUCGGCGAGUUCAAACUGACAUAAACCAAACUCUUGCUUUAGUGAAAAAGCUUGAUUCAGAGAAAGGUAUUGUUGGGAACAUCCUGUCAACUGAUGACAAGCCUAAUGUUGACAAAUCACAUGUCUUAUCCAUGGGGCCUAUAGUUUUUGUCCGGGGUUUAAAUAUUGUCAAGGGCCUUGAAGGUGUUGAGCUCCUAGACACUCUCCUUACUUAUUUGUGGCGUGUCCAUGGUGUUGAUUACUAUGGCAUGUCUGAGAUGAAAUACGCAAAAGGUUUUCGUCAUGUGAGAGCUGAAAACAAGAGUACCAGUAUGUCUAACAUUGAUGCUGCUGAUUGGGAGAAGAAACUGGAUUCCUUCUGGGAAGAUAGACUGAUGAGUGGUGAGGAUCCUCUAGUUGUAUUGACUGCCAAGGACAAAAUUGAUGCAGCAACUGUUGAAGUUCUAGAACCUUAUGUCAGAAAAGUUAGGGAUGAGAAGUACGUCUGGACGUUUGGUUGUGGAGCCAAGGGAUGUGCAAAGCUUUUUCGUGCCCCUGAAUUUGUUCACAAGCAUCUGAAGCUCAAGCAUCCCGACUUGGUCUCUGUUUUGACUUCAAGAGUCGAAGAUGAUAUCUAUUUCCAAAAUUACAUGAAUGAUCCAGACGCCCCAGGUGGAAUACCAGUUAUGCAGCGCUCCGUACCUGAUACAAUGAAACGAAGACCUGACGAACAAAUGUCUGGUGCUUCUCGUGGACGGGUUCCAAAUGCCCCACCUGUCCCCGAGUUCUCUCCUUCACCGGUACUAAUACCUGUGCCUCAUGCUGGCCCAUUAGGUCCAUUUGUUCCUGCACCUCCAGAAAUAGCCAUGCAGAUGAUGCAUCAAGGACAUCCAGGACCAAAUGGUGCUCAGUGCAGGAAGCUCGCGAUGCUGGGAAUACCCAUGUAUCCGUCAUUUCCUCUUGACCGUCGUCCUCCUCAAAGUUACAAAGAUCUUGACGCUCCUGCAGAAGUAGUUGCUCUUGACUACAGAAGUUUGUAGAGAAUUUCCUAUUCCACAGGCUGAUUGGGUCAUAAUAUUAACUAGUUCAUCCAGAUAUUAAGUAUAACUGACAUGAGAGGAGGUUACGUUCUGUUACUGAGGCAUGACAAAAGUAGGUGACUUUUCGAGGUCUCAAAUUUGAUGUGUUGUAAUGUUCUCGUCCGUUCAUAUGUUAGGUAGCGAAUAAAGAGAAUCAUUAUGCAACAGUUAUCUGAUACACUCCUGUGUUUGCUGAAAUGUGCGAAACAGAAGCAGCUGGUUCGAUUUGCUUAUAUUUACUGCUGUAUGUUGGAAAAAACUUUUUGUAAUAAUUUAU